GACAGUUGACGGCUGUUUAGUUCUGUUUAUUUUACUUGUUCUUAUGAAAAAAUGAAGAUGGCUGAAGGAACUACAAUUUUGCGAAGAAACAGACCAGGAACAAAGGCAAAGGACUUCUGCCGUUGGCCAGAUGAGCCUCUGGAGAAGAUGGAGAGUACUCUGGUUAUCCCACAGUACAUUCAACAGCUCAUUCGCAAAGAUCCUUCCAACAUUGAUUCGAUUCUCAAGAUUCCUGAAAACUAUGAGCAGGGCGUCUGGAAGUAUGAGCAUUUACGACAAUUUUGCAUGGAACUGAAUGGUCUGGCUGUAAGACUACAGGGCGAAUGCCAUCCAGAUACCUGCACUCAAAUGACUGCCACAGAACAAUGGAUAUUUUUAUGUGCUGCGCAUAAAACUCCUAAAGAAUGUCCUGCAAUAGAUUACACCCGGCAUACAUUGGACGGAGCUGCAUGCUUGCUGAAUAGCAAUAAAUAUUUUCCAAGCAGAGUUUCCAUUAAAGCUACGUCCGUAGACAAGCUUGGUUCAGUCUGCCGGCGUGUUUACCGAAUAUUUUCACACGCUUACUUCCACCACAGGCAAAUAUUUGAUGAGUUUGAAAACGAGACGCAUUUGUGCAAAAGAUUCACCCAAUUUGUAACCAUAUACAACUUGAUGUCCAAGGACAAUCUCAUUGUGCCGAUUCUGGAAGAAGAUAGCACUCCUGGCGAGUCUGAAGCAUAAUACAUACAAACAUAUUUUUAAUCCUUCUGGAUGUUAUAGUUACAGAGAAUCUCAUUUUUCAUGUAUAAAGCACCUUCAUGUUUUUCAUGAGGAAUAAUAUAAAAGAAGAUUGUUGUUGAAUGGCUUAUCAUCUUUACCAUGUAAUAUUCCAUAAAACUCAAAUCUAAAACAUUUAUCUGUACACAUGUAUAAUUCCAUUCAUUUAAAUCUUCCGUGAGUCUAAAUACAGAUGUCGUAUUUAUCACCGCUCUUAACUAAAUCCAGUUAUAUUUCAGUGUUGAUACUUAAAGAGGUAUUAAAAAAUACGGCUCUGGAACGAUAAGGCAAACAGAUUGUUAAAACAUCCGUCGAUAAUCACUUACAUUCUAAUAUUUUUGAAUAACUUAAAUUUGAAAUUAAUCUUUUGAAAAUAAAUAUGUGAGAAUGUAUACGCAACAGUCUAUUAAACCAAAAUAUUUGAAAACAUGUCGAACUAAGUCCAAAUACGUUUUGGAAAUAUUGAUUUUCCAAAAAAUAUUGAGCAAAUUUUCGACAUCAGCAAUACUCGUUUCAUCAAAAUUUAUGCAAACCACUGCUUCAGUUUUGCUCAAAAUAAGGUUUUACGUCGAAUUAGCUGGUGUAUAGAGCUGAUUCUGUUCAGAAUCAUCGUAUAUGAAUUAGUUAUACAUUUCCCUUUUCUGAUAGUUUUAAGCAAGUCCCGAAUAUUUAGAUACGUGAUCCAUUGGAAAAUGUAUUAUCAAAAAUGCAAGGGAUUAAAUUAUUUACCCUU